GCUAGGUAUAGUCCACCAGGAUAAAGGUGAUCACAAUGCUGCUCUUGAUUGCUCCACUGACAGCUUAGAAAUGAAGAGGCAGAUAUAUGGUGAUGCUCCACACUCAGAUGUAGCUGCCUCUUUACACCAGCUAGGUACAGUCUACCAGGCUAAAGGUGAUCACAAUGCUGCUCUUAAAUACUCAGCUGACAGCCUAGAGAUGAAGAGGCAGAUAUAUGGUGAUGCUCCACACCCAGAUGUAGCUGCCUCUUUAUAUAUGCUAGGUUCAGUCUACCAGGCUAAAGGUGAUCACAAUGCUGCUCUUAAAUACUCAGCUGACAGCCUAGAAAUGAAGAGGCAGAUAUAUGGUGAUGCUCCACACUCAGAUGUAGCUGCCUCUUUGCACCAGCUAAGUACAGUCUACAAGGAUAAAGGUGAUCACAAUGCUGCUCUGAAAUACUUCACUGACAGCUUAGAGAUGAAGAGGCAGAUAUAUGGUGAUGCUCCACACCCAGAUGUAGCUACCUCUUUACACCAGCUAGGUACAGUCUACCAGGCUAAAGGUGAUCACAAUGCUGCUCUUAAAUACUCCACUGACAGCCUAGAGAUGAUGAGGCAGAUAUAUGGUGAUGCUCCACACCCAGAUGUAGCUGCCUCUUUGCACCAGCUAAGUACAGUCUACAAGGAUAAAGGUGAUCACAAUGCUGCUCUUAAAUACUCCACUGACAGCUUAGAGAUGUACAGACAGAUAUAUGGUGAUGCUCCACACCCAGAUGUAGCUGCCUCUUUGCACCAGCUAAGUACAGUCUACAAGGAUAAAGGUGAUCACAAUGCUGCUCUUAAAUACUCCACUGACAGCUUAGAGAUGUACAGACAGAUAUAUGGUGAUGCUCCACACCCAGAUGUAGCUACCUCUUUACAUAUGCUAGGUUCAGUCUACCAGGCUAAAGGUGAUCACAAUGCUGCUCUUAAAUACUCCACUGACAGCUUAGAGAUGAGGAGACAGAUAUAUGGUGAUGCUCCACACCCAAGAGUAGCUGCCUCUUUGCACCAGCUAGAUGUAGUCCACUAUAAUAGAAAGGAUUACAGAACAUCACUAGACUACUUCAGUAAGUCAUAUGAGAUGUUUAUGACUGUAUUCAAUGAUGAGACCCAUCCAGAUGUUGUAAACACUUAAAAGUGGAUUCAGGCCUGUAAACAGAAACUAGCAUAAUGUAACAUACUGUAAUCUAUAGGAUUAGACAUGUCUAAUAUAGCUACAUGAAGUGAAUGAAAAAGUGAAGCAUUGGGGUAAUAUUAGAAAACCAUGCAAUAGUUAGAACUUAGGCAAUAAAAGUGAGAGAAUCAUUUAUAUUUUCCUGUAAACACUAUGUUUUUUAUACUUAAAAGUUUGAUAAAAUGUUAUUUUUGAAAAAAUGAAUUUUUGGAGAAAAUGUAAAAUUUUUGAAUUUACCAGGGAUGAUAUCAAUAUCAUCCCUCUAAUCCCGAUAUUAUCCCUCAUAUCGUCACUGUCCCAAAUAUGUGAUUUGAUUUAUCACUUGCUAUUAUAU